AUGCGUCUUGUCAGCAUUACCGCUUUUGCCUGCGCUGUAAUCAGUGCCAGCGCAUUCGAAUUCCCGGACUUUGUCCCUCUGCAUAAACGCCAGGAACCCGGAACUGCUGCGUAUGAUUGUCACGCCGACUGCGGCGGCGUAAUUAUCGCCGGCCGUAGUGACGGAUACUGUGAUACCGCUGAUUUCAAGACCCAACUGACUGAUUGUUUGAACUGUGCUGUUGAGUUCGACAUCUGGAAAUACUAUGGGACUUCUGUGUCCAAGGCUGCUACUGGCUGUGGAUUGGAUGCCACCCCGGUCGAGUCAUCGUCCACCACUACGUCUGCCGAAGGUACUACUACAACGUCUACACAUGAGAAUGUCCAUGAUUCUGCUAUGACUACCGGUGUGGUAACCUCGUCCACUGGUACUGCGGCUCAUACGACGAGCUCCUCUACUUCCGUGAGCUCCCAGCGUGUUUCUGGUUCUUCUCGCCCAUCGUCAUUGAUUCCUUCGGCAAAACCUACUGAAAGCUUGACUGCUAGCACUCCCUCCUCGUCCCCCAUCUUCUCUGGUGGUGCGUCGAUCAAUGCGGGUAGUAGACUUGUGUCUGGCGCGUUUAUUGGUUGUGUUAUUGCAGCCUUCUUGUAA